GAAAAUUUUCAAUUUAUAACAAGCUCGACACUACUUAAUAGCCACUUUGAAGGAACCCUACGUUUUCGUUAUUUCCAGGAAAGUUGAAGAGAAAGACGAAGAUUAACAAGGCAAUUUUGAAUUCGGAUUUUCACGCAUCUAAAGAUGCUUCCGCUCUCGUUGCUCAAGACUGCACAGGGGCAUCCCAUGUUGGUGGAGCUAAAAAAUGGAGAGACUUAUAACGGACAUUUGGUGAAUUGUGAUACUUGGAUGAACAUCCAUCUUCGUGAAGUCAUCUGUACAUCAAAGGAUGGAGAUAGAUUUUGGAGAAUGCCAGAAUGUUAUAUUCGUGGCAAUACCAUAAAGUAUCUUAGAGUUCCUGACGAGGUGAUUGAUAAAGUUCAGGAAGAAGCAAAAAGCCGUGCAGAUAGAAAACCACCUGGUGUAGGAGGACGAGGAAGGGGAAGAGGUAGGGAUGAAAGUGUUGCUGGUAGACAGGCAAAAGGCAUUGGGCGUGGAAUGGAAGAUGCAGGUGCCAAAGGCCGGGGCAAAGGAGGACCUGGUGCCAAGUCUGGUGGAAAAGGUGGAGGCCGUGGACGUGGCUAGUCAUCUUCAUUUAGAGGCAAUGAAGCCAGAUGACAAGUGUCACUUUAAAGGCAUAUUAGAUAUGUUGUAUCUAAUUUUGUUUCUACUGCCAAAUUAUGAAGGUGGUUCUUGGAGGAAAGGCUGCUUCCAGUUAAUUUGAGAUGGGAGUGUAUUUAGGCUUGAAAUGCUCAGUCUCGGAUUGAUCAGUGCUUUUUCUCUUUUAAGUGAAGAAAAAUGUAAGCGAGCUCGUGUCUUGAAAAUAUUUGGCCAUCAGUAUGUGUGUAAUCUUAAAUGAAAACUAAACUGUUGCGAU